AUGGAAUCAAGAACAAGCUCUCUCAUCCCCAUUGAAUUAACCAUCUUGAACGCAGAGAAUCUGAGCGUGAAAGGGAAACCAUUACGAAGAAACAACAACAACGACGCUGCUUACGUAGUUGUUCACGCACAGUGUUCUUCCACAAAACACUACCCUUCAUGGAACGAGAAGUUCUCAAUGGAGGUUGAACCCGCCACCUGCAGGUUCAUUAGCAUUGAGGUUCGGCGCAAGAAAUGGUUGGGUUACAGUUCUGGAAGCGUGGCAAUGGCUCACGUUCCGGUGUCUGAGUUAUUUGGAGCACAGUUUUUGAGUUAUAGGCUUUGGGAUAAGAAGGGUGACAGAAACGGGAUCAUUGAUUUCUCGGUGAGGGUGAGACCAUCUCAAUCUGCUUCUUCUUCUUCUUCAUCAUCUUCAUCUUAUUCAUGCUCUUCGAUGAUGACGAUGCAGUUGGAAGCAGCAAAGAGAACGGAACAAGUGCCAAUGCGUGAAAAUGAAGAGCCUGUAACUGGGGUUCCACUUUUCUGGAGUAAUCAUCGCUACCCUACAAAUAUUAGAUUGAACAACAUAUAA